AUGAAUUGCCCAUCCCGACCAGAUGAGAUCGACGCCGAGCGUCAUCCUGACUGGAACCAGAAUCCUCAGGAUCUGAACAACGACGCCACGACCAGAGCCGACCUGAAUGGCAUAGUGAACCUCAGAGACUCGAGAGAGCACCUUUCAGAUCCUACAUGCACCGUAAAGGACGAGAUCGACCCGCCGAACCGUGACCAAGAACCAUCACCGCCAGCUAAGGGCGAAGCAGUGACAAUCACUGCUCGAGACGCCCCUCCGCCAGCACGACCGGUCCGACUGUUUCGGAAGGUAUGCGACGUCCUGUACAAAUACGCCACUUUCGUUGGACCAGGAUUCCUGAUCGCUGUCGCCUACAUCGAUCCCGGAAAUUAUGCCACCGAUGUCGACGCCGGCGCGUCUACCAAGUACAGGCAUUUGUUCAUUAUUCUCAUGUCUAACCUCUUUGCCAUCUUCCUUCAAUCACUAUGCAUCAAGCUCGGCAGUGUUACUGACAUAGCAGAAGUCAUCGGCUCCGCCAUCGCACUGAACCUGCUCUUGCAUAUCCCGCUUGUUGCGGGAUGCGCUUUGACGAUCUUAGACGUUCUGGUCCUGAUGAUCUUCUGGACACCAGACGGCACCAUGCGUCGACUUCGACUCUUUGAGUACUUUGUCAUGGGUUUAGUGCUAGGCGUCAUGAUCUGUUUCUGCAUCCAAUUGUCAUACAUCCGAGAUACCAGCGCUGGUGAAGUGUUGCGCGGCUAUAUUCCCAGCUCAGCGAUUAUCGAGGGGAACGGCAUCUACCUUUCCUGCGGAAUCUUAGGUGCCACAGUGAUGCCCCACUCCAUAUUCCUAGGUUCGGGCGUAGUCCAGCCGCGUCUACGGCAUUUUGAUCAGACGCACAAUCUCAGCGACGCCAGAAACGUUUCUCCUUCCGACUCCGAUUCCGGAGUCACCAAGUAUCGACCUUCGAUCAGAGCGAUCAAAUCAUGCUUGAAGUAUUCCAUCACCGAGCUAGCCACUUCUCUCUUCACUUUCGCACUCUUUGUCAACAGCGCUAUUCUCAUCGUUGCUGGUUCCUCACUGUACGGCUCCGAUGCUGCGACCGAUGCUGAUCUAUUCGGUAUCCACGACCUCCUUUCUCACACCAUAGCGCCUGUUGCGGGAACGCUUUUCGCCCUAGCACUCCUCCUGUCCGGAACGUCCGCCGGCAUAGUCUGCACGAUGGCCGGGCAGAUGGUCAGUGAGGGCAUGCUGAACUGGAGGAUCAAGCCUUGGAUGCGAAGACUUGUCACCAGAGCAAUCAGUAUUGUGCCUUCGAUCAUCGUCGCAGCUGCGGUGGGCAAGGAAGGGCUGAACAAUGCGUUGACCGCCAGUCAGGUUGUCUUGAGUGUCAUUCUUCCCUUCGUGACAGCACCACUGCUGUGGUUCACGUGCAGAGGCAGCAUAAUGACUGUCGUGGCAGAUGAGGGCGGUCGCAGGGUUGAUGGUGCUGGUGGGGAGGGCGUGGCAGUCACGGACGGCUUCCAAAGGCUUAACAUGCGCAAUGGAUGGAUCGUGACGGGCUUUGCGGCUGCCAUAUGGCUCGUUCUAGUUGUCAUGAAUGUCGCUUUGCUUGUGCUUGUGGGCCUAGGCAAAGCUUGA